UGCAGCAGCCAGGUCGGUGUGCGGCAGCUUCAGGGAGAGCAUCAUGGCGUCAGGAACAGGACAGGCGUCCGCUGGACACGAUGCAGAAUUGGACGAGUUAUUGGACAGUGCCUUGGAUGACUUUGACAAGGCAUCUGCUCCUCCAGCCCCUGAACCUGCUGCAGCUUCUGCAUCGGCCAAAAGUGGAGAAAAGCCCCCCCUGCUUGAGGACUGCAAGCUCUUUGAGACUCUCUUUGAAGGAGACAUGGCGGCCCAGGCCAAAGAGGAGUGGGAGAAGGCCAUGAGCGAGUUGGCCCAGGAGGAGCCAGAACUGAUCCAGCACUUCCACAAACUGUCAGAGGCUGCGGGCAAAGUUGGCACUGACACUGCUUCCCAGCAAGAGUUCACCUCGUGUCUUAAGGAAACGCUCCGUGGCCUUGCAAAGAAUGCAGACAACCUUCAGACCACAGGACUAGCCGGAGAUGACCUGGUCAAAGCGCUUGAAGGUCUUGGGUUGGAGGAGGGUGGAGAAGGAGGUGGUGAGGAAGGGAACAUCCUGCCCAUCAUGCAAUCCAUCAUGCAGAAUCUGCUCUCUAAGGAAGUGCUUUAUCCGUCCCUCAAAGAGAUCAGCACCAAGUACCCCGAGUGGUUGGAGACCAACAAGCCAACCCUUAGUGGGGAGGACUACCAGCGUUACGACCAGCAGGCCAAAAUCAUGGGAGACAUUUGCCAGCUCUUCGAGAAGGAGGAAGAGAGAGGAGAAGAUAAAGAGAGAACUUUUGAGCACAUUAUGGACCUGAUGCAAAAGCUGCAAGAACUUGGCCAGCCACCCAAGGAGUUGGCAGGUGAUGCGCCUCCUGGCUUUAACUUUGACUUGGAGUCCCUAAAUCUCCCGGGAGCAUCUGGAGCCGGACCAGCAGAGCAGUGCUCCAUCAUGUGAUGAGGUGAUGGUGUGUUCUGUGAGAAGAUCUGGAGUGUAAAGGUCACUCUGUGUGUGUGUCAGCGUCAGGGAGGGACAACACACAGUGAAUGAAAGGUCGGGCAGUAGGUGACCAGACCAUUGCUACGGUUGUCCUUCAAGAAGAAAGUGUGUGGAAAUAACCAGAAGGAGCCACGAAAACCACCAGGAAACACAACACAACCAUGUGUUCUUCUCUGUAACAUCACUGACUGCACAACUGAGAAUAUUUUGAACAUCCCUGCAAUAGUUUGUAAGCUGUUCCCACGGCCUUUUCACAGUACAUUUUAAUAUAAUUCCUCCUGUAAGAAGAAAUGAACACUUAAUUCUCCUUUUUGCACACUGUUUAGCCUCAGAGUAAAUGCUAUCAAACCACCUCACAGGUUAAAACGGUACCUUUCAUAAGGACUUUAUGAAAGGCUUAUUGUAUAGUGUUUUAUAAACUGAACACUUUACCAUCAUUCAGCUCAGCACUUAUCCAUCUAAUGUGAAUUUGCAAUGUCAUCCCAAGGUUUUCACUAGUCGUAAUUUUCCUGACACUUAACAAAAAUCUAACUUCUGUACAGGAUUGAACUAAUCAAGUGUGUGUAUAAAUGAUUUAUUCUUUUAAUUAUAAUUUAAAAGAUGACAGAGAAUUGAAUACCUUGUGAAGUUUCCAGCACCUUUUAAUGAGACCAAUUUCCCAUUCCAUCUGAAAUUGUUGAGAUUAUGAUUCCCAGAUACCUUUGCUGUGUUACUUUGAUCAUUGUGGUUUUGAGUUACUUUGCAAAGUGAGUGUGAUUCCCAUAGUUUUAAAAAUUUGGUGGUUUCUUUUGGUAUGAAUACUCAGAAACCUAAAGCAAACACCCAAAGCUGGAUUUCAGUGAUAAUCACUCGACAGAACAAGCAUAUGCUCACUAAAAGGAUAUUAUGGCCUUUCUAGAAAAGUUGACGGAGUUGUUAACAUUAUGUUGUGUCAGACGUGGAUGGAAACGUAAUUCAUGCAGAUGGAUUGUUUAGUAAGACAACAGGCUGAUGGUAGCACUUUUGAGUGGCGAUUGCUGUGUUGUUUACGACUGGCAACCACUUUUCAUUGGCUACUAUUGCCAGCAGACAAAAGUUUUACCUCGGUUACCAUAGAGAGAGGUCGAGAAAUGACCCACCAAUAUCUGUAUAAUAAAAGGGUGCUGACAAAGGAUUUAGUCAGCUAUGCACUGAAAAGAGGUCAUCUAACACAGCUGAUGGGAGGCUGCUGUGGAGGUUUAUAAAUACCGUCACCGGAUGGGGAGAGCAAGCUAUCGGCCUCUCGGUGCAAACGCACUGUAUUGAAAAUUAAAAUAAAUAAAAAAAUAAAUAACCUGUUUAUUUGGUACUACUUUGUUUAGUAAAUAUAUGAAUUAAAAGUGAUACAACACAACUUUGUUUUUCUGAC